AAAGGACACGAUCGUGGCGGCCACGGAUGUAAGCCGCCAACCAUCGAACGAGGCCAAUCGAAUCUUUUCACUGAAAUAAACGGUGAUCUCCAAAAACUUUUGGAUUUGCGGAAUAAUUACGAACGGAUGAAAAUUCAGCAGGAAUCCUCAUUGGGCGCAGGUGGCCCAGCCGAUGUGGAUCCUCUGCUUCUUGAACUGUACACUGUGCCCGCCGAGGCAUGCGGAGUGCUGGCUGACUAUGAAGCCUUCCUAAAUGCUGUGAGUUAUUUAAUUGUACGUCUGUGA